UCUAAAACUCUCCUUGAAAAAUGGGUUUUUGAGACUGCAAAAAUGAGCAUCUCAUGUCGUACUAGAUCCAAACUUAAGCAAAGAGAAUCAACAUCUCUGUUGUUAAAUCUUCCUGAAGAAGUACAUGAUGUGAUCUUUCUGAAGCUACCAGCGAAAUUCAUCUUGGUAUCAAGGUGUGUAUGCAAACUUUUCUAUAAUCUACUUUCUAAACCUAAUUUCAUCAAAAAUCAUCUGAAUCUCACUAAUCAAAGCAAGACCAACCCUAAAACUCUUGUUUGAUAAUUCCUGGCAUGGUAAGAACCCUAUGAUUUACUCUACAGGUAUUGAUUAUGCUUCAAUUUCAUCUUCAUCACCAUCUUCAUCAUCCUCUUUAUCAUGUAUAUGUGAUGGAGAUGUUAUGUUAAAUUACCCAUUUGAAUCUAAGAAUACAUAUUUCUUAAUUUUUUGGGUUCAUUUGAUGGCUUGAUUUGCUUAAAGGUUACUAGUUUUGAUCAUGAAAGGGGAUAUCGUCCAGUGCCAAUUGACGAGUAUUUUAGUAUUUUGAACCCAUUAACAAGAGAAUAUAAGGAAUUUAGGAAGCCUGGGGGUGGUUACAAGGCUACCUAUGGAUUUGGUUAUGAUACCAACAUUGACGAUUACAAAUUAGUGAUGAUGUCGGAUUACAAAGGAGCUGUUUGCUACAAAAUUGAUGUUUAUGCAGUAAAAUCAGAUUCAUGGAGUAGUAUUCAGGGCACCGUGAAUUACUCAUUUCGUCGUGGUGGUAAUGAAUCUUAUGGUGUGUUUUUCAAUGGAGCUCUUCAUUGGUUGGGAAGUAUAACCACCCAAAAAACCUCGACCGAAGUUAUAAUCUGUUUUGAUAUUGGCAGUGAGACAAUGGUGAAUAUGCCGUUACCUGAAAAUAUUAUUCCACCUAUAGAUUAUCAAGGAAUUAUGUACGCAAAUGUGGGAGUUUGGGGAGACUGCAUUUCUAUAAUUUUUAUUUGGGGAUCAGUUAGAAUUGAUGUGUGGGUUAUGCAGGAGUAUGGAGUAAACAAAUCUUGGGUCAAAAAACCUUCUGCAACCCUGCUACGAUGGCCUGGGUAUGUCUUUCCAUAUUGGAGGCCGUUAUGGUUUUAUGACAGUGGGGAAUUUCUAGUAGAUCAUUGUGGCGAGAAAUUCCUUUUAUGUGAUCCAGCUAUUGGAAUUAUUUCAGUGCCAGUCUGUGAUAUUACUAUGGAAAAUAAUCGAGUGAGUUAUGUGGAGAGCAUAAGCUCCCUUAAUUCUGGUAAGUAUAUGGAGAAACGAAUUACAAAUGGGAUCUUGAAGAAUCCCGAACCACUACAGUCGAGGUGAACAGGAUACUAUUCGAGAAGGAACAAAGAUCUCAUCAGUUUUAAGUUCAAACUGAUGUGUUCAAAAGAGUCUUGUCUGAGCAACGGGGGAGGUUUCUGCGAAGCGAAGAAAUUUACAGUAUUUUUGGAAUUUUAGAAUGCUCCUGACUGAAGCUGCAAAUAGCCUGGUGUACUUCCAUGCAAUUAUCACCGAGAUACUAAGCACUAAUUCAUAGUGAGUUUUCGUAGUGUUGUUUGACAUUGUCUGUACGCUUUUUAGUAGUUAAAUAGAAGCUUUAAGGUAUCUAAUCAAUGUCGGAACCAAUAUUCCUGCUGGUAAAACUUCACUAGACUCUGAGGUCGGAUCCAUAUGAGUCUGAUUGUCUCUUAUUCGAUGCUCUUUUUAGCACAUAUCUAUAAACUGCAAUCAGCAUAUACUAGUGUAAUAUAUGUCCUGGUGUAAUUCUCGUUGUUUGAUUUUGGCAAUUACUGCCGAGAUACUUCCAUACUGUAAUUUAUUAAACUAGUUCAAAAACGUUUUUGUUGUGUCGUGUGACUUGAAA